AUGACGAGUCUCAAAAUAAUGACAUUCAACAUAGCAUGCUGUAAAGGAUCACAACAUGGAAGUAUCGAUGUAGCACGUACAAUCCAAACUGUGCAGCCUGAUCUAAUCGCUUUGCAAGAAGUUGAUAAAUUUACAUAUCGAUCAGGCACUGAAAUUGAUCAAUCAUAUGAACUUGCACGUCUUACUGGUUUGUCUCAUUCGGUAUUUGUUAAUUCGAUGGAUUUUUCGGGUGGACAAUAUGGAGAUGCCAUUCUAUCUCGAUAUGCUUUUGAUACAGUUCAAUUGUUUCAUCUGGAUGGUCGAUGUCAAGGUGAAACACGAUCACUUGGAAUUAUUUCUAUGAAAAUAACUGAUGAAUAUCGACUCUAUUUUGGUGUUACACAUCUUGAACAUGAAGUCAACAGUUUGCGAGAAGCACAAACGAAAGAAGUUAUUGAAUUGUACCGACGAAUCGUACCCGACAAUGAACCUUUUAUUUUAGCUGGUGAUUUUAAUGAUUCGCCAACUAGUCGAACAGUUGAACUUCUAUUAACAGAUGGAGGCCUUCAACUACCAUGUGAUAAAUGUCCAACGACUUAUCCAGCUGACCAUCCUACGGAAACGAUUGAUUAUAUAUUUCUGAAUGCAAAAGCAAUGGAAAUAUUCGAAGUGAAAAGUUAUCGAACUAUGAAUGAUGAAAAAUCAUCUGAUCAUCUUCCAUUAGUUAUGGAACUUAGAAGAAAAUAA